GUUAUCUUCUGACCGUGUAUCGAUUCGGGUGUGCUGGCCGUGCUCAAAAUACAAUGGGUAGCCGUAGCAAAAAUGAAGCUGACUUGAUAAAUUUUGAUGGUUUCAUUGAGCCGGAUGAUGAUCUGUUAGGUGAUCAAAGGAGAGCUCGAAUUGUGCUGGCUCAGGUGAACAAAACGCCCGCGACACCUCAAGGCUCGCCUAAAUUAUCGUUAUUUUUUGCGAGUCUGUGUGUGAUUGAUUUGUUUGGUGUAUUUCCGAUUGUGGCGCUACCGAAAUCCGUCAUAUCCUGUGGACUCUAUGGCAUUCCCCUAGUGAUUUUCGUGAUUACACUUCAAAUUUAUACCGCGACAGUGCUUGGUCGAUGCUGGACCAUAGCAGAAAAGUUGAACCCCGCGAUUGUGGCAAAAAAUCGAUAUCCUUACGCAGCCAUAGCAGAAUUCACAUACGGUAAACGCAUGGCACUUUUUGUAACAAUUUUACUGGAUAUGACCGUUUUUGGUGGAGGAAUUCCGAACUUGCUAGUGGCUUCCCAAAAUCUCCAGCUCUUGGGAUCCAAAAUCACCGAAGGUCGGUUCGAAUUUUCUUUCUGCUAUUGGCUGGUGCUGAUAGGGUUGUUCCUGUGCCCUAUAAUGUGGCUAGGAAGCCCCAAAAAUAUGCGAACAUUGGCCAGUGUGUCAGUUGUAGUUUGUAGCAGUGUUGCCAUUCUCACGUGGUGGUCAAUUGGAGCGGACACUUUGGAGUUAAAUGGAAACUCAACCAAGACACUUCUAGAGGAAGAAUUCGAACCAUUCAAAGGACUCGCUCUUGGGUGGCCAUCGUGGGUGAGACUGCUAAAAGCGUACGGAAUAAUUGCAUUCCAGUUCGACAUCCAUCCGAUGUUGCUCACAAUACAGGUGGACAUGGAACAGAAGAGCAAAAUAGGGAAAGCCGUCUUCUUGGGACUGAUGAGUACCUGUUUCCUGUCAGCGGUAACUACAAUUUUUGCCGCCUAUCGAUACGGGAUGGAUACUACCAACAAUGUGCUACAGAUACUACCGAAAAGCUGGUCCCUCUACAUAACAAUUCUGCUGGUAACGCUGCAACUAUGCUUGUCCAGUGCCGUUGGCAACUCGGCACUAUUUCAGCACAUCGAGGACGUCCUUGGAGCUUCACGAGACUUCACAUUCAAACGAUGCAUCAUCCGGUCAAUCCUCGUAUGGUUAGCGGUUCUAAUCGCGGAAAUUCUUCCCCGGUUCGAUGUAGUGAUGAGCAUCAUUGGUGGAACGUUAACAGGGCCUCUAAUUUUCAUACUGCCCCCACUGUUUUACCAGAAAAUGACCAGCUUGGAGACAAUCUAUUACCAGGAGAUGGAACGCAUUCAAAUCAAAGAUGCCUCUGCAACAAGUCAUGACGAUCUGGAACCGUUGAUCUUCCAAAGCGCCUACGGAUCGAUUGGGCCAGGUUCCAGUGGAUUUCGACCACCCCGAACGAAGGUUUACUUCUUCGAAGAUUGCUUCUCGAUCUGUAACGAUCAAAUUGUCCGUUUCUGUCGGUUCAUGUAUAGUGACUGCAUACUUUCAGCAGCCGUGAUACUGUUCGGCAUCGGUGCUACGUUGAUUUCAACAUAUUACAAUAUGUUUGAUGUGACAGAAAUUGGGUUCACCUUUUGGGGUUCUUGUGCCACCAAUCUGACAUUGGGAAGUGAUUUAUGAUAUUUGUUUGAGUAAAAUGGUUUUUAAAAC